ACGCCCUCUCUUCCAAUUCGGAAUUCAGGCGAGCCAACUGAGAGUUGAGAGAGGUGAGCGCCGCCUCCUUCCCGAGCCCACCACCGGAGCCCUUCACGAGCGCGAGACCUAGGGUUCAAGCCGCCGCUGCCGGCCCUCCGCCGCGGCUCGCCGAGCCGGCCGAACCCUCCGGGGCCCCGCCUCCGGCACAGCAGCGCCUCCCUCCCCGUCCCUGGAGCAGCCGCCCCCUCUCAGCAACGCCGCCGCCCGGAGCUACGCCAGCGACCAGUCCAUAGGCAGGUUCCACCAUUCGUGUUACGCUUCGGCACCCACAGCAGAGCAAACAAGCAGGCAUCAGUUCUAGAAGCUUGCAGAACCCUUGCCCGCGCGGAUGGAGAACCUCAAGAAUACUGGCCUCAUGAAGAGGAAGCUUCCGAACGAUGGGACGGUGCAGGCGCAGGAGCCUACUAUCAAGGAGAUGUGCCAAGCCCUGAAGGAGAUGGAAAGUGAGCUCCAGAACCUCCGGGACGACAACAACCAGCUCCGCGACGAGCUCCUUGGCAAAGACCGGCAGCUUGCGGAGACACGGACAGUUCUAGUUGACAGGGAGCACAGGCUUUCGAACACCCAGGCACUUCUAGUUGACAGGGAGCAGCAGCUUGCGGCCCAGACACUUGUUGUUGACACAAAGGAGUUUGAAACUGAAAUUUUGAGGCUUAAGCGUCUCUUGGCUGAGAAGAGUGACACAAAUGAUCAUACAGCUCUAGUGUCUCCUGAGACAAUAAAUGAAGUCAUACAGAAGCAAACUCCUGUUUCAUCUGCAAGGACACCAGUGUCAAACAGAAAGAAUACAGUACAGUCCAGUGUGAAAGCCAUUGCCCACCAUGGUAGCUUUCAGGAUGAAGCUAGAGAGGACUGCUGUAGAAGAGGUGUUUGCAGCUCAGGGAGUGGGACAGAUGAAAAUUCUCGUUCUUGUGUGUAUCAUAUGCUGCUUGAAUCUUUAGUUGGCAUGAAGUUUUCACUGAAGGAUGAAAGAGAAGGACUCUCACUUUCAAUCCAUCAUGAGGCUACUGGUUAUGAUUUCAGCCUUACAUGGUUGGAGCAAGCGGAUGGUGGUGAAUGGGCCUACAAAUACUCCUCGCUGGGCACCCUGGAGGAGAUGGCUUUGAAGUGGAUGAAAGUGCAGGACAUACGGUUCAGCAUGGACAUGUUCCCUAUGUUCUUCGAGCGGAUAUUGAGCCUCCUCAGGCGAGGCCGAUGAAUGAUCGCCGUGACUUGAUGCUGUAGAGCUCUAGGUAGAUGUGACAUGACUGAAACUGAUCUACUGUUGCCUGUUGGCAGAAGGAACUGUCCUUGGUAUUUCGGGAUGGCCGAAGAUGGUUUCGGUCUGUUCCUUUAGCUGCUGAAUCUUGGGAGUCGUACUGCAUAGUUAAUGAGCAAGGCAAGACUGGCUGAUAUCUGGGAUGGCCAACGGGUUAUGUGCGCUGUUAGGAGGAGCCGUAACGAUGAGUUGAUGCAACGGUGGCAUGAGUUUGAAGGUAUUGCUCGGAUCAUUGUGUUUACUGGUGAUGAGGACCGGAUUGUUUGUCAAUAUGUGGCUAGUGGCUGCUUUCUCUUCUAGUAGUUGUCCUUAUAAGAUUAUUAUCUUCGUUUGAAAAUAAAUAAAUAAGAUUAUUAUCAGUUUUAGGGGGUCAUCCCAGUUCA